AUGGGUAAAGGAAGCAUCCAACUUAUCCUCGACAAGCCAUACUAUAUUGCAGGAGAGGUUGUUACCGGAAAUUGUCAAUUGGUUCUGACUGAAAAUGUCAUUACAAAAGAUCUCACUAUCAAGUGGAAGGGAAUGGAAAGAACAAAAUUUGUCAUUCAAAGAACUGUAACAAGACACGAUCCAGCCACCAACACGACCAAAACUGAAAUUGUCUACGACAAGUACGAUCAAGAGAAGACUUUUUUCAAGACUCAACUAUGUCUUGCUAACUUUAAUGGAGACACUGCAAUGGCUGGCUCUUAUUCAUUCCCAUUCCAAUUUCAGCUUCCUGAUAAUUUACCAGGAAAUUUCAAUGAUCAUCGAUCAUCCUUCGGAAAUAGUUAUCGUGGUGCAAUUGUUUAUAAGGUGAAAUCCAAUUUAGACAAUGUUUAUGCGAAGGAUAUUAAGGAUACUCGAUAUUUAGUCAUUGUUCCACGCUCUUGGACCAUCCCUCAACCCAUCAAAUGCCACAAUGAAAAGAGUUUUCUAUUUGGAGGCUCAGGAAAGCUCUACAUGGAUGUAGAAAUUUUGAAAAAUGUUUUUGUGCCAGGUGAAGUCAUUCCUAUUCGAUGCAUCGUGGACAAUCAGUCAAAGAAAGAUGUUGAUAAGUUGAAAAUUAAAUUGAUGAAAGAUGUCACCAUGCAUGCAAAAGGACAAACUCACACCUACACUGAGGAAGUCAACAGAAACAUAUUUGAAGGUGUGCCAAAGAAAUCAAAAUUCGACAAGGUGUUGAACUAUUCUUUACCACAGCAAAUAUACCCCAGCACUCAAGGCACAAUUGUAUCAUGCAAAUAUCACUUGGAUGUUGAGUGUGAUGUGGCUAUGGCUUUUGAUUUGGAAGUUCACCCUCAAAUUGAGGUUAUUUUCAUGCCAGCACCAGGCCAACCAGUGUACUAUUACAAUGACAUGACUAAGGGUUGCUGGAAGUAA